UGCGUCUCUGCAGGACUUGCCAGGGCCAUAGAGAGAGAGGAGGAAAUUUUUCCUUGGAAGGAAUGCGAAAGGGGGUUUAGGAUUGGCACUGCCACGAGGAAAAACGAGGAGGGUGCGACAUUUUUUGAAGCUACGUGGAGAAACGUUUUUCUUCCCUAUCAAAGGUGUUCGCCUCCCAACCCACCGCCCACCACGGCCCUCACCUGUGUGUUGCGGUGCUUCCCUUGUGAGCCGACCUGGGCUGGCAGUCCCUUCUUGCACCGCCCGCCAACUCCGCCCAUGGUCAGAAUGACGCGCUCCAAGACCUUCCAGGCAUACCUGCCGAGCUGCCACCGGACGUACAGCUGCAUCCACUGCCGAGCUCACCUGGCCAACCACGACGAGCUCAUCUCCAAGUCGUUCCAGGGCAGCCAGGGCAGAGCCUACCUGUUCAACUCAGUGGUGAACGUCGGGUGUGGCCCUGCAGAAGAGAGGGUUCUGCUCACAGGCCUGCACGCUGUAGCAGAUAUCUACUGCGAGAACUGCAAGACCACCCUGGGCUGGAAAUACGAACAUGCCUUUGAAAGCAGUCAGAAGUAUAAAGAGGGCAAGUUCAUCAUCGAGCUGGCCCACAUGAUCAAGGACAACGGCUGGGACUGA